UCAGUGAGGAAAGGGUUCUGAGAGCCUUGGAAGUGAUAUUCGUGAUCACCGCGAAAUUCUCUAUCGAAUGGUGUAUGAAGUGUCGAAAAAUAAAUUUCACUGCAAGGCUGCCCUGGGUGCAUCUUAAUACAAAUCGAGUGUCCCUAAAUCACUACCAAAUGACAUUCUAAAAGAGAUCUGAUGAAACAAAAUUAGUUUCUGGAUAAAACAUGAAGAAUGAGCUUCUUUUUGCCUCACUGAUCUUUCUUCUACUGUCGGCUGUUCUUUCUUUAUAAUUCUACGGGAACAGUUGGUCAUAUGUUUUAUUUUUAUUUCUGUUUUUUUUGUUUUUCCAGGAAGGACAAGUGGGCAAAGGUUAUGAAAAAAUUGGAUACUACGAUUUAGAUUUAGCAUCGUACGCUGGUUACGGCAAAGAACUGGAAGCGUGUUUAUUAUAUGCUUAUGAGUCACAAAAGAAUAAUUCGGCAAAUGCUUAUUUAGAAAUAAAGAUUAGUUGUACAAUGAAAGCAAAUGAAACAAUUACUGAUCCACUGUUUAAAAUAUCAACUGAAGUCGUGAUUUUGGUCUAA